UGUCAAUGCACACACCCCAGUUUUAGUCUGCCACAGGACACAGAAACAGGAGCCUUGAGAGUAAACAAGAAGAGACUGUAUGUUCUCUGAAACUUUUCCCCCUAUCCCUGCUUUGGAUGAUGUGUGUAUGUGUGUGUAUCAGAGAGACAGAGAGCACAAGCAAGGCUAUAGGAGAGUAAGUGAGGAAGCAGGGAUAGGGGAGGAAGCUUGCUUUCCAGUCUGCUGAAGGUUGUCAGGCACAGAACUUGCAACCACCACUAUAGUUUGUGCAAUUUAGAAAACAGCAUUCAUUGACUCUUAAUUCAGUUCCUGUGCGGCAGAUAUGACUUCUGGCUACUGCUUCUACAUAGUCUUGAUUAUUGGAACAAAUUUUGUUCGUGGCACUUUGGAAGAUCAUGAUUCUGGACGUGAGGUCACAUGCCCCCUUGGAUAUUUCCCAUGUGGCAACAUCACACGAUGUUUGCCUCAGCUUCUUCACUGUAAUGGUGUGGAUGAUUGUGGGAAUCAGGCUGAUGAAGAUAACUGUGGUGAUAAUAAUGGAUGGUCUCAACAACUUGAUAAAUAUUAUGCCAAGUACAAUGAAAAGAAUUCCCCAUACUCAUUUGAAACAAGGACAUCUGCAUGCUUGGUCAAAUCUGUGCCAGUACAAUGUUCAUGCCAAGGGCUAGAGCUUGACUGUAAUGGUGCCAAUUUACGCGUUGUCCCUUCAGUCUCUUCAAAUGUGACUAUGAUGUCCCUUCAAUAUAAUCUGUUACGACAGCUUUCAACUGAUGUUUUCAAGAAGUAUCAAGACCUUAAAAAUCUGUAUCUUCAGAAUAAUAGAAUAAGAAAUGUAUCAGAACAUGCUUUCAGGGGUCUGUACAACUUGACAAAGCUGUAUCUGAGUCACAACAAGAUAACCUUUUUAAAGCCUGGUGUCUUUGAAGAUCUGAAUAAACUUCAGUGGCUGAUAAUUGAAAAUAACAGGAUCAGUAGAAUCUCUCCAUUGAGUUUCUAUGGACUCAAGUCACUUAUUCUCCUAGUGCUGAUGCAUAAUUCUCUUUCUCGCUUACCUGAUAAAUCCCUGUGCCAAUACAUGCCCAGACUGAACUGGCUAGACUUUGAAGGGAACCAUAUACGUAACCUUAGAAACAUCACCUUCAUCUCCUGCAGCACUUUAACUGUACUGGUGAUGAGAAGAAAUAAAAUCAGCUCUUUAAAUGAAAAUAGCUUUUCCUCUCUCCAGAAUUUAGAUGAACUAGACCUGGCUAACAACAAGAUUGAAUCACUUCCUCCAUAUCUAUUUAAGGAUCUGAAGGAGCUCUCACAACUGAAUUUGUCCUAUAAUCCCAUCCAGAAAAUACAAGUAGACCAGUUUGAUUACCUAAAAAAACUCAAAUCCCUCAGCUUGGAAGGCAUUGAAAUCACAAAUAUCCAAAGAAGAAUUUUCAAGCCCCUUAGAAAUCUCUCCCACAUAUAUUUUAAGAAAUUCCAGUACUGUGGAUAUGCCCCUCAUGUGCGCAGCUGUAAACCAAAUACCGAUGGAAUUUCAUCCUUUGAAAAUCUUUUAGCAAGCAUUAUACAGAGGGUGUUCGUCUGGGUUGUGUCUGCAGUCACUUGUUUUGGAAAUAUCUUUGUUAUCUGCAUGCGACCUUAUAUCAGGUCUGAGAACAAGCUCCAUGCCAUCUCAAUAAUGUCCCUGUGCUGUGCUGAUUGUCUGAUGGGGAUAUAUUUGUUUGUGAUUGGAGCCUUUGAUCUUAAAUUCCGUGGAGAAUACAACAAGCAUGCUCAAUUGUGGAUGGAUAGUACCCAUUGCCAGUUGGUGGGAUCACUGGCUAUUCUGUCCACAGAGGUCUCAGUUUUACUUUUGACUUACCUGACUUUGGAAAAAUACAUCUGCAUAGUUUACCCUUUUAGGUGCUUGAAGCCAGGAAAGUGCAGGGCAAUCUCCAUCUUGAUUCUCAUCUGGAUUAUUGGGUUUGUGGUUGCUUUUAUUCCACUGAGCAAUAAGGAAUUUUUCAGAAACUACUAUGGCACCAAUGGCGUCUGUUUCCCGCUUCAUUCAGAACAGGCAGAAAGUACAGGAAGCCAGAUCUAUUCUGUUGUUAUUUUCUUAGGUGUAAACUUGGCAGCUUUUAUCAUCAUUGUGUUUUCCUAUGGAAGUAUGUUCUAUAGUGUUCACCAAACAGCUAUCACAGCAACUGAAAUCCGGAAUCAUAUUAAAAAAGAGAUGACCCUUGCAAAACGCUUUUUCUUCAUUGUAUUUACUAAUGCACUGUGCUGGAUACCCAUUUUUAUAUUGAAGUUGCUUUCUUUACUUCAAGUGGAAAUACCAGGUACUAUAACUUCCUGGGUGGUGAUUUUUAUACUGCCGAUAAACAGUGCUUUGAAUCCUCUCCUCUACACUCUGACCACAAGACCUUUCAAAGAAAUGAUACACCAGGUUUGGCAUAAUUACAAACAAAGAAGAUCCAUAGGAAGCAAGAGCGGUCAGAAGACAUAUGGUCCAUCAUUCAUCUGGGUUGAGAUGUGGCCAAUGCAAGAAAUCACACCCAACUUAACAAAGCCUGUUCUUUAUACAGACUGCUCUGAAACAUCAGUUUCACAAUCAACACUAUCAACCAGACUGAAUUCAUGCACAUAAAUAUUUUGAAUAUUUACAGUGAAAUUUGCAGUCAGCUUCACAGAUGUGGAUCUAUUGUUUUAUAGCAGUGAGGAAAACAGAGGGAAGUUAUAAAAUAUUGGUUCACACUAGUGACAGCCCAAAAGUCAAACUGAAAAAAAAGAAGACAAAAGCUUGUGGGCUAACAGGGCUGGUUGCAAAAACAAUUUUCCUGUCAUGAGAAUUUUUGAGAUUUGGAAAAUUUUCAAUCCUGAAUCAGGAUGAAAAUGCAAUCUAAAAAAUAAGAACAACUUGUGAAUCAAUAACCUAAAGAUAUCUUGAAUUUAGGCUAAUGAGAUGUUUUAUUUAAAUAUUUUCAAAUGCUGUUAAUUAUAAUCUUUUUAUUCUUUUUUACAAAACAAAAUUAAAUUAAAAAUCCUGACCGGCUCUAUUUAGGUUACAAACAUUUUUGAAGAGAUGUAGGGAGUAAUAGCCAUAGGGAAAAUACAUUUAUAUUAAUGAGGUUCUACAAGGAGUUAGUUUUUACUUUUGGCAGGAGCAGAAGGCAAGAGAUUAAAACUUAGUGUCACAUAUACCUUUCAGAAUUCUAAAAUGUAAUAUUGUUACAUCGAGCCUU